UUCAGAGGAAUAGUUUUGGGUUUACUGAGUUGCAUCGGCUGGUUUUGGACCAAAACUCAUCUGUCUGGGAUUUCUGAUUUUGUCAGGACUGCCACUGGACAUGCAAUCGGGGGUCUGUGUGCCCACUGCGUCUGCACUGGGCCUGUUUUGCCGAGGUUGUCUCAGCAGGGCGCGGAGUUUGCCCGGUCGCAGCCUCAGCUGUUUGCCCAGACAGAUGAGCAGGUGGAACAGCCUGGAGACAUGCAGCCCCCAACCUCCUCAGCAAAACCCCCGUGUCCUCAUCACGGGUGGUCUUGGGCAGUUAGGUGUUGGACUGGCUCAGAUGCUAAGAAAACAGUAUGGAACAGAGAAUGUAAUCCUGUCAGACAUUAAGAAGCCUCCACCUCAUGUUUUCAGCAGUGGUCCAUUUGUAUACGCUGAUGUGUUGGACUAUAAACAUCUCCGAGAACUGAUUGUAAACUAUCGUGUCACCUGGCUGGUCCACUAUAGUGCUCUGCUUAGUGCUGUGGGCGAGGCUAAUGUGGCUUUGGCACGCAAGAUCAACAUCACAGGCCUUCAUAAUGUGCUGGACUUGGCCCUAGAGAACUGCCUGCGCCUCUUUGUCCCCAGCACCAUUGGAGCGUUUGGUCCCUCUUCUCCCCGUGACCCGGCCCCUGACCUCUGUGUCCAAAGACCUAGAACUAUCUACGGAGUGUCCAAAGUGCAUGGAGAACUGAUGGGGGAGUAUCUCCAUCAUAAAUAUGGUCUGGACUUCCGCUGCCUACGUUACCCAGGUGUGAUAUCAGUUAACACACCACCCGGAGGAGGAACAACAGACUAUGCUGUUCAAAUCUUCCACGAUGCUCUCAGCACAGGUCACCACGAGUGCUACCUGCGUCCCGACACACGCCUUCCCAUGAUGCAUAUCUCGGACUGCCACCGUGCCACCGUGGAGUUCAUGCAGGCACCAGAGUGCCAGCUGUCCCUGCGUACCUACAACAUCGCUGCCAUGAGCUUCACUCCGGAAGAGGUGGCCCAAGAAAUCCGCAAGCAUCUGCCUCACCUUAAGGUCACCUACAAUCCCGACUCUGUCCGUCAGACCAUCGCAGACAGCUGGCCUGUGAGGUUUGAUGACUCCAAUGCCAGGAGAGAUUGGGGCUGGGCACCAGCCUACGGGCUUGAGGAGCUGGUUUCGGACAUGCUGCGUUCUAUUCGAGACAAGAGGACAAACGAGGGUUUACCAGUCAGCUAGCGAAACCUACUCAAUAAAGACUGACCAAUGCCCCAUCCCUGACUUUUCUUCAGCCUGCAUUUACCAACGACACAUUUCCUCUCUUUUCACUUUCACAUGUUGUCAACCAAUAUCCUCCGUUACUCUGGAGCAUUACAGCAAUGAGCCGGGGACUGUUUGUAAAGUAGGAAUUCUCAGUCAGAUACUCUCAAUAUACAGUGGACAGUGAGACGUCAUACAUGCACUCAGACACACACAUUUCAGUCUUUUUCAGGGAAUCAUAUUCUGUCAAAUCUGUUUUUAAUUGUUAUCAUGGUAUAAGCAUCACUUUACACACGUUGCCUCAGACAGAACAGAAAAGCUUUAGAGAUUUCCAAAUGUCAUGUUAAUCGCAUUGAUGGGCACAACAGUCUGUUACAAUGUCUAUGAAAAUGUUUAAUACAGUAUGGACCAGUUGCACAUUUAGAGUAACAAAUCUGUUGUACACUUUGACUCCAGGAUCAUCUGGAAUGGCUGGCUCAGUCACCUCUGAACUGUAAUGACUCACCAUGUAAUCUGGCUGUUUUAAAAGGCAGUCUUUUAUAAUAUAGUCUAUUAAGUGAAUAUUGCACACUGUAUACAACCCGACUACCCUUGCUGUGGCAUCUAUCAGGAAGCCUUUAUUUUUGCCUUUUUGCCAGCAGUGUGAUUUUGGUUAUGAAUGAGUACCGAUAACAAAUGAGGCCUUAUUAACUGUAGAUUACUUUGGAAAGCAAUGUAUAAAAAAAUGCAGUGUACUUUGAAUCAGAUCUUGAAUAAUAAAAUUUUUGUUUACCCCAA